UCUAAUCAGGCAUAUUGUUUAUUCCUGUGCAAUCUUCAGUAAGCCAACAAGAACUUCAUUCUACUCCAGGACUUGUUAUGAUUUUUUUUUUCUUUUUUUACAAAUUUUCAAAAAUAAAGAUUUUACAUGAUUUGAAAAUGUCUUCAGGGUCCUAUCUGUCAGAGCAUUUCUAUGAUCAACUGUUUUAGAUUGGGAUACUGUUAAAACAUGGCAUAUUCUAAAAAAAUAAAAUAUAAUGCAGUUAUUAAUAAUAAUUAUUAUUACUAUGCUUUUGGAAAGGGUCGCAUAGCUGGUGCGUUUAUUUGAUCAAGAAGUCAUUUUUCUCGAAAGUGCGAAAGGAGAAGGAAGUUCCAUAGCCCCGCCCCUCGCCACUGAACCUUGAGACACUGACGUUAAGUUUUCCUUCAAAUCCUCCUAUCUAAACAUCAUGGAGCUGACUGAAGACCAGCUGAAAGUUGCAGAGAUUGAACUGAAAAAACAACUUCCUCAGUCACUAAAGAUUUAUGGUUUCUUGGUGCUCAGAAACAGAGUGAAAUCAGAUCCUUACAUCGUUUUAGUGGACAGAUGGCCACAAUUCAGCGUAAUUAUCUGCAAACCCAAGUAUAAACAGAAAACGGAUCUGUUCAAAGACACACUGGUUUUUGCAAAUGAUGAAGCUAUUCUCACCGAAACAAUAAGGAACUCUUCUGUGAUUGACUGGAGCAGGUUCCUUUGUCUUGGAAUCACUCUUCCCCACAUGGAGAUAGUCAAAGCAGUUGCAGCCGAAAGGAAUGUUCCCAACAACCAACUGUCACUUUGUCACAUGAUGAUAUUGGAAGAUGUAUCCAAGCUUCCUACUAUAGACUGCUCUGGGUUCUGCCUCAGCUCCCUGGAUGAAUCCCAUCUUGACUUGGUGAAUCAGACGUGGAAGUUUGGAAGUAACGAAGGCGCUGCCAGGAUGAUCCGCAAUAUGGUUACAAACUUCCCAUCCUGCUGCGUUCUGGAUUCCAAAGGGAAGCCUGUUUCCUGGAUUUUGACCUACGUCUACUGCGCCGUAGGAAUGUUGUAUACUUUGCCAGAACACAGAGGGAAAGGCUACGCUAAAGUCUUGAUUAGCAGCAUGGCUAAAAAAUUCAGUGGUCAGGGCUACCCCGUGUUCUGUUUCAUAGAGGAGGAGAACCGAACCUCUUACCAGCUCUUUAAAGGCAUGGGAUUCUCUGAGGAUCCCUCAUACAGAGAAACAUGGUACGGAUUCAAUGAUUUUUAAAUGCUUAAAUGAGAAAAGCUAAGCUUAUAAAUAAUACAUUUCAUUUAUGUAUAAUUAUAAGGUGUUUGAAAGUUGUUUGACUUUCAUUCAAAAAUAACAGGAGAAUUAGUCAGAAAUGUAAAAAUCAUUCCUAACUUGUUAUUUGCCAUUUCUAAUUCAGGCUUCAGUUGUUAAGCUGGAGCUUUUCAGUGCAGAUCUAUCACUUUUCAGGAGACGUACUCGAUGAAGCACUUGACCUGAAAAUUAAACAUUAGAAAAUGUGAGACUAUGGGAAACAUCGCUUGAUUAUUGACAAAUAAACAGCUGUUUGAAAAGAGACAAAAAAUGUGGGGGGGUUUUUGUGGGGUGGGGAGGGGAUUGUGUUUGGAUGUGGUGCCAUUUAAUAAACAAUCAUCUUCCUGGUUACACCCAGAUAAUUGGUAAGAAGUAAACUAUAAAUAAAAACAAGAAAGUCAUGCUUCUUUAACAACACUCUAGAUUCAAACCAAAACACAGUAAGAGCUAAAAUCUGUAUUUAAGCAAUGUUUUUUAUUCCUCUGCUUUAAAGGAUUAGUAACGACUAGUGAUGCUUGAAGCUGUUUGGUCAGCUUUAUAUUAAUUAUGUACUAGUCUGCUAACAACAGUUAUGCCACAAAAUGGUAUUUACAAAAAAAAAUUUUUUUUACAAAAUCAUUAGGAAGUAAAGUGUUACACUUACUGCCACCCUGGGUGUGUAAAGAAAGCAUUAAGAGGCUUAAAAAAACAAAAUAAAUAAAUAAAAAACUCA